GGGGUCGGCUGCAGACCGGGUGACCCCCAUCCCAACCCCAUGACUCACGUGGGGAGGCGGAGACUCCGGAUGUAGCCGUGCUGGAGCCAGAGCCUCCACUCACCGCCGCGGCUGCUCCGUGACAACUCACCGCUCCAGACACAGCUUUACUUUCUGUUCACGUCUCGUUGACCAUGUAAAGAAAAUGGUCGGGUCAAGCUCUGAUUGGGUGGAGAUCCUGGAGCCACGCUCCCGUGAGCGCAUGUAUGUCAAUUUAGCCACAGGCGAAUGCGGCUGGGAUCCUCCUUCGGGCGUUCCUGUCCGCCAGGCAGACGGCAACCAGUGGUGGGAGCUGUUUGACCCCCAAAGUGGCCGCUUCUACUACUACAACUCGACAGGGCGCCGCACGGUCUGGCAUAGACCUCAGGGAGCCGACAUAGUGCCGCUCUCGCAGCUCCAGGCCAUGAAGAGGUGCAGCGAAGCCCGGCAGGCUGGAGGGGGUGCAGAGAAGUGCCAUCCUGGGACCACGGGGAGUAUCAGCAGCUUGGGGAGCCAGGGGCUGGGCACCCCUCUGCCAGAGCAGGACAUUGACUGUCCACCGCCCAGAGCCGGGGAGCCCACAGAGGAAACCGCUAACGCCGAGUUGGACCCGGCUGUGGGCGGCAGAUCGAAGGGAGAUGGAAGCAGCAUAGAAAGCAACAUCAACGACGGCAAAGACCUGCAGAGAGAUGCUUCUCAAAGAUGGCAGCCAGUACCUGGCUCUAGAGCGGCCAUGUUGGUCAAGGUGAACAGCAUGAGCCGUAGCCAGCCCCAGCCAAUGAUGCAGCAGCAACUCCAGCAAAGUGUACAUAGCAAAGCCGGUGCUUUCACUCUGAACAACUCCUGCGACAAGACCCAGGGAGGACACAUGGCCUCCAKUCAGGGAUAUAAAACGGCUCCUUCUGGCAAAAUAGCUGGUGACCCACGACAGGCUCAUCUAAGAAAAGCCAGCAAUGGCAGCUUUUGUCUGCUGACUUCAGAUGGAAGCCACCCCAGUCCACUCCUACACAGGUCACAGACCUGCACCCCACGCCCCGUCUCUCCACAGUACGCUCGCACUGCCCCAAUUUAUGACGAGCCAGUUACAGACUCUCCCAUAUACGAUGAACCCCCCACAGACAUGGAGAUAGAGGGAGCACAUCUGUACAACGGGCAAUCUCUGUCUCGCUUGACACCUACUCAAAGUCUCCAAAAGCCUAARCUCCUCCAGCACCCUGGUUCGGCUCAUUCCAGACACAGGAGAAAUCCCUCUUCAUCGGACUACAGCCCAGCUGGUCUGGAGUGCAUCAAACACAUGGUCAACGUGGACCCCAAACAGGGUCACCCCUCUAACUCUCCUGUGCCCACACGAGCCCCUUCCCCCACCUCCAGGCAGGAYCCAGUCUUGACACAACCACAGGCACAUCCCCAGCCCCAGGGCCACUCUUCGCAACAGUACCGAGGCCAGAUGAGAGAGAGAGAGCCAGGUACCCCGGGCCGGAGUUCACUGGACAAAAAACAAAGCUGGAAGAUCCUGGAGGCCACUGUGCAGCGUGCCAUGGAGGCGCGGCACAGCAGGCAGAGCAGCCAGGCCUCGCAAGACUUCCCCUCCUCAACUCCGCAAGCCACAGCCAACUAUCAGGACUCUGGUUACUCCACCGGCCCUUCUCCCAGCUUGAGACGGAAAAGCAGGAGACGGGUGGUAGCUGGUGGAGGAGCGGGGGGCAGGCCGGGGUCAGUAGGCAGCAGCGGAGAGUUGUGUGCCCUCAAUGAGAGACUUAUGGCAGAAAUGAGGGAGGUGGUAAGUCGCUCCAACACCAUGAGGGAGGUACGGGCAGGGCUGGACCCAGAAAUGGGGGAGAGGAUCGUGGUACCUCGGACACGCUCCCCUGCAGACUCUCUCAGGUGGUAUGGAGGAGGAGGGGGCUCAGCUGUCAGGUGUCCAUCACGAGAGGAURUCAGUGGGACUGCUCGGUCACUAAAGGGUACGGGUGACUACGGUAACCCUCCCAUAACCCCUUUGGAAAUACCAGGCAGGCAGAAAAGGACCUAUGAAAAGGUGGACACUUUGGAGAUGAGUGUAAACAGCCAGGCCAGCCUGUCGUCACCAGAGACUCCAGGACCACCUUCCCAGGCGGACACCUUGGAACUGCAGGCUCAGUUGGAGAGCAGAAAGAAAGGCAUGGUGGAUGGACGAACAGCUUCGUUGGGUCCUCACCGCUCUUCCAACCGCGACAAUCGAGAAGGAGAYGAUGGGACGGGAAGUAGAGGAGGAUCCUCCUACCAGCUCUCCUACGCCACCCUGCGGCAACCUCCCCCUCCCGACAUGGGCAUGGAAGACUGGGCCAGCAAGCACCUCAACAUGCACACCCAAGGGYUGUUCCGGCGCCGCGUCUCCAUCGCCAACAUGUUGUCCUGGAACCGCGGCUCCAUCAAGAAGCCCAUGCUGGUCACCAGCAACCGCGCCGUCCGAAAGGAGGCCUGCGAGAUGUUCAAGCUGGUCCAGGCCUACAUGGGAGACAGGCCGUCGCGGCUGGACCGCCGUCACUGYGCCCUGCUCGUCGUCACCAAGUGCUGGGACAUGCCGGGGCUGCGGGACGAGCUGUACGUGCAGCUGGUGAGGCAAACAACGGGCAACGCCAGCCCCAGGAGCUUGGGGGCGGGCUGGGAGCUCAUGGCUGUGAGUUUGGCUUUCUUCGCCCCGUCACCCAAGUUCCGCUGCUACCUGGAAGGCUACAUCCAGAGACACACAGAGCCCAACAGCGACAAGAAAUGUGAGUCUCAGACUGAGCUACAGGUGACCCAGUUUAUACUGGAACAGCAGGAACUGAAGCUGAAGAAGAAUUCAAAGUCCAGAAAGAAGCGAAAACAAAACACAGAGGAAGAAGAAGGCCUUCCUGUUAGCACGUACGCCAAGUUCUGCCAUCGGAAGCUGCUGAAGGUUGCAAUCACUGGUGGCAAAAAGGGUCUGCGUAAGCCCACCUUGGAGGAGAUCGACCACAGCAGACGGGCCAUCCUCACCCCCUCGCUGUUUGGCAGCUCUCUGGAGGAAGUGAUGGAACGGCAAAGCGAGCUCUUCCCAGACAGGAAGCUGCCCUGGGUGCAGGUCCAGCUGUCCCAGUAUGUUCUGGCUCUGGGUGGGGCUCAAACCGAGGGCAUCUUCAGAGUGCCUGGAGACAUCGAUGAAGUGAACGCACUGAAGCUCCAGGUGGACCAGUGGAGGAUUCCAGAGAAUCUGUCUGAUCCCAACGUACCUGCCUCUUUGAUGAAACUGUGGUAUCGUGAGCUGGAGGAGCCCCUCAUCCCCAUGAAUUUCUACAAGCAGUGCAUCAGUAACUGUGACGACCCGGUGGCUGCCAUCGCCGUGGUCCAAUCCCUGCCUGAGCUCAGCAGGCUGGUUCUGUGCUACUUCAUCCACUUCCUGCAGGUGUUCGCUCAGCCGUCCAACGUUGCCAUAACCAAGAUGGACGUGAACAACCUGGCCAUGGUGAUGGCUCCCAACUGCCUGCGGUGUCAGUCGGACGACCCGCGGAUCAUCUUCGAGAACACGCGCAAGGAGAUGUCCUUCCUGAGGAUGCUCAUCGUUCACCUGGACACGGGCUUCAUCGAGGGUGUGGUGUAGACUGUUUACACUCAGAUCAGUUCUCUUAUUUCCAAUCCAGCAUCAACACUGUCUCUGUUUAGACCACACUGGAACCCGUCACGGUGAUAACUUACACUUGGUGUACGAGGAGUUAAAAAGCUUGGACUUCAGGCCACGUGCUCCUCUGUUUUCUUACUGAGAGAGGAGAUAUUUCACUUUACUGUUUUUGAUACUGAAAUGCAGCGUCUGCUCUUUGGCUGUAUCCUCACUGUAGCCUGGGAACACAGGUUAACCCUUUAUGUUUUAUUAAAGGGGCGUUGCUAUAGUUAAACUUUGGUUGGGAAAGGUUCUCCUGCAAUACAAAAAUGCUCAUUUAAGCAGAGUUGAUGGCUUUUUGAUUUUUUUUAGCAUGUGUGUUUGCGUGUGUGGUUGUCAGUGCAAACAAAAGGCGACUUUUUUAAUGUAUAGUAAAAUAAAGAAUUGAACUUAAAAUAGGUUGUAAUUGUAUCUUUAAAGCUUGCUUGUGCUAUUUGGGGUAUUUGUAAUGGCUGGUUUUCUCAUACUUUAUUGUAUGAGAAUCCAUAUUUCAAAGCACAACUGGGACGAUGUACUAAAAGCUCUAUUUAGUUUUGAGUGAUUGUAUUUGUUUUUAAGUCCUCUCUGACGUCAACGGGAGAGUUUAUUGUACUUUGGUUUAAGUUGCAAUGUGGGAGGCUGGGUAUUCAACUAAUUGUACUCUCUCUCUGUUAUCUUUAAUUAUUUUGAUUGGAGUUUUUGUGUGUGUGUGUGUGUGCGCUCAGGUCUUGUAAAAAAAAAAAGGUUUAUGGUGUAAAUGGCCCGUCACAGACUAAAGACUCAGUUAGAUGAAAGUUGUUCAUUUGUCCAUCACUACAUGCUUGUAAAUUGCGCUUUGGGUGUUUCCUGUUGUAAAUAAAUUCUGUGUGUAACAGACUAACAUUCAUUCAGUAUGCUAAUAAUACAGUUUAUAGGGGAGCAUCUGUUGCUGGAAAGAGCAAUAAAAAUAUAUGUACAGGGAUUAA